GGGCCUGGACAAUACUGGGUUUUUCCCUGUCUGAGUGGAGUUCUGCUGCUGGGUUGCUGUGGAGUCGUUUUGCAAUCAAUGAAGCUGCUCCUGGCCCUGCUCAGUGCUCUGGUUUCCUCCUGCCGUGGCCUCUCCGGAGCACCUCUCGCCGGGCGCUACCAGCACCCCUUUUCUCCACACCCCUCCUCGCUGGGCCAGGCACCGCAGCAUGGCACCUGGACGCUUGGAAGUGGCUUGAAGAGAGCCAUGAGUUCUGCUGCACAGCAGAGGAGCCGUGUUUUGUGUCUCUUUGGGGGCAGGGGAGGGGACGGGAGGAGGAGGCUGGAGGGAAGCUCCCCGAGUUUCAGCCCUCCCGUUGGGGCUGCGCCGUUCGCUCCCGCCUGUCGCUGCCUCUCCCGCGUUCCCCCGGCCCUCAGCCUCCCCCCGCCGGGGUGGGUGUCUCUGGAGCCGGCCGUGGGGAAGCGCUUUCCCCGGGUACCGGGGCCGCGGAGCGCGGUGCCCGCGGCGGGGAGGGGGGAGCGCGAGGGCCAGACCCGCGGGGCGGGGACUCGCCAGGGGGCGGGGCUUGCGCUGGCCCCGCCCCACGUGAUGUUAUAGCGGAAGCGGGCACCGCACAAGUCAUCAGCGGUGCGGCCGCCGCCAUGGAGUUCCCGGACCUGGGCGCGCACUGCUCCUGGCCCGCCUGCCAGCGCCUGGACUUCCUCCCCCUCAAGUGCGAUGCCUGCGAGCGGAUCUUCUGCACCGACCACAUCACUUAUGCCCAGCACGACUGCACCUCUGCCUACAAGAAGGAUGUGCAGGUCCCUGUGUGUCCGCUUUGCAAUACCCCAGUCCCCGUGAGGCGGGGGGAGAUGCCCGAUGUCGUGGUGGGUGAGCACAUUGACCGUGACUGCAAGUCCGACCCUGCACAGCGCAAGCGCAAGAUCUUCACCAACAAGUGUUUGAAGCCAGGCUGCAAGCAGAAGGAGAUGAUGAAGGUGAUCUGUGACCAGUGCCACCAGAACUACUGCCUCAAGCACCGACACCCCCUGGACCACAACUGCAGCGGGGUGGGGCGUCCCCUCUCCAGGGCAGGGCAUGCUGCGGUUGUGAGAGCCCAGUCAUCUUCCUCUAAAGCAGUCACAGCAUCGAGCAGUGGAGCUGCCCGGCCAGCAGACAGCCCCUCUUCUCCAGCCUCUGCCAGAGGAGGCACAGCAGCUGUGUCACAGGUUCCCAGCACCUCCCCUCCAGCAGUUAUGCUGCAGAAUGGGCUGAGCGAAGAAGAGGCACUGCAGCGAGCUCUGGAGAUGUCCCUGGCAGAGUCAGCACCCAGCUUGGCACAUCCACCCAGCAGCACGCAGGAGGAGGAGGAUCUGGCCCUGGCCCAGGCCCUGUCAGCGAGUGAAGCCGAGUACCAACAGUCGCAGCGGCAGGCGCACGGUUCAAAGUCAUCAAACUGCAGCAUGUCCUAGGUGGGUGAGGUGAGGUCUGCCAGCAGAUGUGGGAUCCCAUUUGUGACCUGAGGAGCAGCUCUGGCCUCCCAUGUGGACUCCGUGAGGUUCUGGCCUGGACACUGAUGCCAAGAGCCUCUCGCCAGGGACAGCUCGUCUCCCUGGGGGCUGUAAGUGAGCCACCAGACGCACACUGACACCUAAACCCUAGUACUUGCAUAAAACUGGUGCAGCGAAUUGCUGAUGCUCCUGAAGAGGUGAAGACUCUGUGAGAUGAGGCUGAGUGUGGGCUGACCAAAGGAAGGAGCAUGUAGCCACAGCUGUGUCCCAGCACAGCUGGGACUGUGGGAUGAGGGCAGAGCUGGCCUGGAGGGGAAGUGCCACAUGGGGACAUCUCUGUGUACUCAGACAUGCAGCCAGGAUGCAGCUGCCUGCUGCAGUAGCAGGGGGCUGGAUUUUGUGCUUUGAGAAGGGCUGUGGCCAGGAUGGUCUCUCGCACGGGCAUGGCUCGGCUGAAUGUAUGACCUCCCCGCAGUGUGAAGGCAGCGCCUUCCCUGCUCCCGCUGCUCUCCGUGCCUCCCCUGCUGUUUGCAUGCACAACAGUACGUUGGGCCUUACCCCACUUGGCUGGGCGCCAGGGCCCCUCUGAAAAUGAGUGGAGCUGCGUUUCCUUUCUGGUUUAAUUUAGCAGUGGCCAUUAACAGAAAAGUAACCUUGACAGUAACUUGACUGUGCCAGCGUUGCUCGCAGGGGGACUGCACCUGUCUGCUUUCUGCUGCCUUAAACUAUCCAACAGCCCUGGUUUAAUGCUGCUGGAGCAGGAACACUUCCCUUCUCCCAGUUGUGCCGUGUGGCAUCCCCUCCUGGGCAGCAGCAGCACAGAACCCCUUCUUGCAAACACAGCCCUGAGCCUGGAGCCAGCCCUUCCUUACUGCUGUUUGGAGGCAGGAGCUGACAGUGGGGUGCAACAUUGGCUGAGCUCUUGCAGGGGGGGCCUGCAGCCAUGCAGAGCAGUGCUGCUUUCCCACCUGCUCUCUUGAGCUUCUGUGCCAGAACUGCUUCUGCCUGGGGGGCUGCCUGGGGGGAGGUUUCUGCUGGCAGUGCCUACCUGGGCAGAAUGUGGGUUUAGUCUGGGCUGAGAGAAUGCUGAGACUUAUCAAAGUGCUGCUUGGGAGAAAAUAAAAGUAUAGCACAAGGUG